GGACCAACAUCGCUAGUUUUGGGAAAGACCCCUGCAGAAACUUUGCUUGCCACGUAGUCGCGGCUGCACAACUUGUAGCCUACUUUGUGAAGCUUUUCAUGCUUUGUUGUGUAUGAAACGUCAGCUUAACAGUUAGAGGUUGUUAAACUGUUCUUGAUAUUAAAAUGAUUCCAGAAUUGUGGACAUGCAUUUUUUCUGCAUUCUUCUUUUACGUGCAUGGAGCAAAACUUCCGGAACCAGAGGUGAAGAUAGAAGUUCUAUACAAACCUUUCCUUUGCCAUCGUAAAUCCAAAUACGGGGAUAUUCUUCUGGUUCACUACGAUGGCUUUCUGGAGAGUAAUGGCACAAUGUUUCAUUCCAGCCGUCAUCAUGGAGACAAAAACCCUGUCUGGUUCACAUUGGGGAUCCGUGAGGUGAUAAAGGGUUGGGACAAGGGUCUUCAAGGCAUGUGUGCGGGGGAGAAGAGGAAACUGACUGUCCCUCCAGCUCUUGCAUAUGGCAAAGAGGGCAAAGGUAAAAUCCCUCCGGAGAGCAGUCUGAUCUUUGACAUCGAGAUCAUGGAGAUCCGAAAUGGGCCCAGGUCACAUGAGUCCUUUCAGGAAAUGGACCUCAAUGAUGACUGGAAGCUUUCCAGAUCAGAGGUCAAAGAAUACUUGCGCAAAGAGUUUGAAAGACAUGGAUACGCCCCCAAUGACACCCAUCAUGAAGUGAUGGUUGAGGACAUCUUCCAAAAAGAAGAUGAAGACAAUGAUGGAUAUAUAUCAUCCCGGGAGUUCACUUAUAAACAUGAUGAACUAUAAAAACACACUCCUGCAAAACCACAGCAAUGUUUACCUUCAAAAGAUUCCAAUAUUUACUUUCAGAGAUUUGCAGCGUGUCAGUAUCAUUUCACAUAAUGUUACGGUAUACAAACAGGUUUUCUGUUAUCUACAGGUCAUGUAUGUAAAUAAAGUGUC